AUGUCUAGUGCUGAGUUUAGCCGUCAUUUUCGUGUUAGUGUGCAUGUAUUCCAGCAUAUUGUUGACAAACUGACCCCAAAUUUGAUCAAAGAAUUUCAUGGAGGCUAUCAACCGGUUUCUGUUGAGACACAGAUUUUUGUAUUUUUGUGGUAUGUUGCUAAUCAAAACAGUCAAAGAGAAAUAGCUUUGCUAUUUGGACUGAGUGAAUGGAGUGUUAAUACAAUUAUUCACAGUGUAGCCCAGUGCAUUUGUGAUAAAAGUGAUUGUUACAUAAAAAUGGCUAAUGCUCAGAGGGAAGUAGAAAUUUCUUAUUCAUUUUAUGAUUCAUGUGGCAUUGAUAACAUAGUGGGUGUAAUAGAUGGCACUCAUAUACCUAUUGUGAAUUGUCCUGGUGGUGAAAAUGAUUAUAUUAACAGGAAAGGAUUUCCAUCGGUACAGUUGCAGUUGGUUGUUGAUGACAAUUUAAUGAUAAUGGAUGCGUAUGUUGGAUGGCCAGGAAGCACACACGAUGCUAGAGUUUUAAGAAACUCUGCAUUCUUCAAUAAUGCAGAAACUGGAAGAGUACUAUCUACCAGAAAAUUCAUCAUUGGGGAUGGAGCAUAUCCACUGAAGAACUGGCUAAUUACUCCAUACCGUGACAAUGGUCACUUAAGAAUCAAUCAAAGGAGAUUUAAUCGUGCCUUAUCGUCUGCUAGACAAUGUGUUGAGAGAGCUAAUGCACUUUUAAAGGGCAGAUUCAGACGUUUGCAGAAAUUGUAUUGUCAUAACAUUGAAGAUAUUUGUAAAGUAGUUCUAGCAGCUUGUGUCUUACACAAUUUAUGUAUUUUAUGUGAAGAUGAAAUUGAACAGUUCAUUGACAUGAAUCAAGCUCAGGAUGUCAACAACUAUCCCAACAUAUUUGCAAACAAUGCAGACGCUGUAAAAAUUCGGGAUACCAUAGCAAAUACUUUGUAA